AUGGCCAAAAUGGCAGGAAUUUCUAGAAUUAGACCAUGGAAGAAAGUGAAGGAAGAAAGAAGAAAAGUGUGUGCAAGUGAAUACGGCACCGUUUUGUUGAAGCUUUUUCUAUAUAAAGUUCCUACUGCCAUUUGCUUGAUAGUGAUUCUGGUUUUAUGGUCAUCUUCAACUACCAUUCUUUCUGGAAGAUUCAUUCAUGUUUGUGUUUCUUCAAGAAAACUUACUGAUCUUUACUGCCUUUCUGCUGGCUCACAUCCCAACUUUGAAAUCCCCAUCCAACACUCUCACUCCGAUUCUCAAAUUUGGGAAUCAGAAACAAGAAGCACAACAUUACCAACAAAGGAACAUCCAAAUUCAAUUUCCAACAACAACAGCUACAUUAUAAAACAGAUUAUUGAAAUUCCAGAAGCUUCCAAUUCUUCAGAGUCCAGCAUGAACGAAAAAACUAUCAAUGAUUAUUAUAAUUCUUCCAAGGAAACCACAGUUAAAUUAGGCGACGAGGUGGGUGGGGGUGCAAUCAAAAUGGGAAGUAGAGAGGAGGAAGAUCAUCGUGAGGAGAUUAUUGCGAUGAAGGCAAUUGAAGAGCAAUUACGUGAGCAGCGGUCAUGGAUUAAUAAUAAUAAUAAUAAUAAUGGGGCGGCGGAGUGCGGCGGAGGAAGAGGAAUUUAUGUGUACGAAUUGCCUGCGAAAUUUAAUAAAGAAUUGGUGGAGCAAUGUGGAGAAAUGGUUCCGUGGAUGGAUUUUUGUAAGUAUUUUAGCAAUGAAGGUUUGGGAGAGCAGAUUCCGGAGCUUGGAGAUGGAUGGUAUAAUACACAUCAAUAUGCCCUUGAGCCCAUUUUUCAUUCAAGGGUUUUAAAGCAUCCUUGUAGAGUGUACAACCAAGAGGAGGCCAAACUUUUCUACGUACCUUACUAUGGCGGACUAGAUAUUCUCCGAUGGCAUUUCAAGAACAAUGUUACCAAUGAACUUAAGGAUUCAUUGGGGUUAGAACUCAUUCAAUGGCUGUCGGCUCAAAAACCAUGGGCCCAAAACUCAGGCAAGGACCAUGUCUUCGUUUUGGGAAAAAUCUCUUGGGAUUUUCGAAGAAACGCCAACGGUAACAAUAACGGUUAUAACAGUAAUAAUCCUUCAUGGGGCACCAAAUUUUUGGAACUUCACCAAUUACAAAACCCCAUCAAACUCCUAAUAGAACGACAACCUUGGCACCAAAACGACGUUGGAAUACCUCAUCCCACAUUCUUCCACCCUCACUCAGACGACGAUAUUUUCGCCUGGCAGUGGAAAGCCAUACGAUCCCAGAGGAAAUAUCUCGUCGGGUUUGCUGGAGGUGCACGACCCGACUCGUCGGAAAACAUACGAUCGUUAUUAAUCGACCAUUGCACUACGACAGAGGACAGAAGGCUUUGUCGACAUGUGAACUGCACGACAGGAGACUGCGACCGACCAAAGGCAGUAAUUGAGCUUUUCUUGGAGUCAGAAUUUUGCUUGCAACCUCCUGGAGACAGCCCGACAAGGAAAUCAGUUUUCGAUUCAUUGAUUUCGGGUUGUAUUCCAGUUUUCUUCGACCCAUUUACGGCGUAUUAUCAGUAUCCAUGGCAUUUACCGGAGGAUCAUGGUAAAUAUUCAGUGAUGAUUGAUAAAAAGGAGUUGAAGAGAAGUGGCGAAAAUGUGGUGAAAAAAUUGGAGGGUAUUUCUUUAGAGAAAAGAGAGGAAAUGAGAAGCUAUAUAAUUUAUGAGCUCAUGCCUGGGUUGGUUUAUGGAGAUUCAAAUAAUGUGAUUGAGAAAUUCCAAGAUGCUUAUCAUAUAGCAAUUAAUAACUUGCUUCAAAGGGUUUCCAUGCUGUAACGAAUU